UAAAAGUAACCUCUUUCACAAACAAGAGAGGAUCAAUCAAGCAAGCAAUAAUGGAUAAAGAAAAUGUUUAUGAAGGCACAGAGCUACAACAAUAUGAUGUCAAUACUGGUUACGAAUACAACGAAUUAGAUAGAAAGUCGAAGGAACAGUUUUUUGUAGUCAAAGAAAAGGUCUGCUGUGCUCUGAUAGUCGUAGCUGUUGUAACCCUGAUGACCUUAUUUCUCAUUCUUGCUCUUCUGCUUGCUGUAUUUGUUACAGUAGAGGAAGGAUAUGGAAAAACCAGCUCUUCUACAGGGCAAUCAGUUGAAGGAACAAAUUGUCCCAGUACUACUGAUGUCCCAUCAACUGCUACUAGCCUUCCCAACUGCAGUAUAGUAUAUAAUGAAUGGACUAAUAGGAUGCAGCAAGAAAUGAAUGAGUUGAAGGCUCGGGUUAACACGCUAGUAAAUGCAUCAGUGGAUACUGCAUGGAAGAUUGACGAUAUUCAUAAUUUUGCUGACAUGCAAACGGAAAAGGGUAUUAACAAUAGCAUCAAUAUAAACAAGAUAUUGGAGACAACUGGGAACUCUGCUUCAAAACUCAUUAACAUUGUUAAUACUCUCUCUAAUCUACAAGACACCUGUACUUCUACUGCAGCAGUGGCUGAUGAUAUACUACUAAUAGCACAAGAACUAUUAGUACUACACAAUGACUCAACUGCUUUACCUACCUCUUGUAAAGAGAUUAAGGAGAGACAACCACUCAGUCCUUCAGGUGUGUAUCUACUAGCACCUACUACUGGAGGAUCUACUUAUACUGCUUACUGUAAUAUGGGAACAUUGUGUGGUUCAGGAGGAGGAUGGACAAGACUAGCAUAUCUGGAUAUGUCUGAUGCUACACAGAACUGUCCUUCUGGGUUUGGACUGUACCAGUCAGGAGGAGUUAGAGCUUGCUCAAGGCCAAGUGGUGGUGGUAACUGUGCAUCAGUUCAGUUCCCAUCUAAUGGCAUCAGUUAUUCUCAGAUAUGUGGUAGAGUAACAGCAUAUCAAUAUGGAACACCAGAUGCUGUUAACCCAAUCAACAACAUAAACUCGUAUUACAUUGACGGUGUUAGUAUCACUCGUGGAUCACCUCGUCAGCAUGUCUGGAGUCUAAUAUGUGGCGUAGAUUCGCAAAACAACCACUUUGAUAACUGUCCAUGUGCUGGAGGUACAGCUACCCAAUCAUUCAUUGGAAAUGACUACUUUUGUGAGUCUGGUAAUCCCAAUACCAACGUACAGCUUAUACUGUACUCCAGUGAUCCAGUAUGGGAUGGUGAAGGUUGUGGUCCUAAUGAAGUUAGCUGUUGUUCAGUUCCAGGUAUACCAUGGUUCAACAGGACACUUGCUGCUCCCAGUAGUGACUACGUUGAGUUGAGACAGUGCUGUGAUCAGGACAUUAGUAAUGAAGAUGUAAAAGUGAACUAUUAUGAGAUUUAUGUGCAAUGAGACACUGUAGAGGAUAUCAUAUGCAUGCAGAUUUUAGUAGACUUUUUAUAUUGUAAUUAUCACUGUCCAACUUCUUAUUUAUAACAAUUUUAGUGAACACCA